AUGGGUUACCGCACAAACGCUGCAAAACUUGAUUUCUCCGAGAUAUUGUCGGAAGAGGUUGAAGCGGAGUUAAAAGAGGCUGCUGUAGUUUCUAUGGGAACUGAAGUCAGUGAACUUGAUUUGAUUAAUAUUAAGGAUCUGUGUGAUCAAAACUUGUCGGCGCUCGUCUUAUCGCUCACGGAGGCGUUGAAGGUUGUAGAUGCGGUUGCGUUUUACAAAGCUGCGUUUGGUGCUGAGGAGGUGAAUCGUGUGAAUCAUCCGAAGCGGAAGGCUGAUCAGGAGCUUCCUGUUCUGAUUUCUGCUGAGAUUAAGCUCGCUAACUCGAGUUUUCUUGUUUCUGAUGUUUCUGAGGAUUCUACCGCUACUGAUAAAGCGGUGGGGUCUGGACUGGUUUUCUGCCUAGAGACCGAGGACAUUGAAGCUGUUGUGGACGCAACAAUUAAGGCUGGUGCAGUUGCCGAUGGUGAAAUUAGCGAGGGUGAAGGUGCGUGCUGUGGUGGGCGCGUUGGUAAAGUCAAGGACCCGUACGGCGUCGUCUGGGCAAUCUGCACUCAUAUUGCUAAAAAGUGUGGUGACGUGGAGGCUUAAGGAACGUUGGAUUUGAUCUGCUGUUGGUUUUUGUUUUUAGGAUGCUUUUUAAUUCAA